AUGCCUGGCACAAACCCAGUCAUCCUCAUCCUCGGAGCAGGCCCACAGAUUGGUGCAUCUGUCGCUCGACAUUUUGCUUCGAAGGGCUUCAAGGUCGGCCUUGCUGCACGCUCAGUCAAAGAAUCAGAGAGCACAGACUCGCAAUUGAACAUACCGAGUGACUUUAGCAAGUCCGACGAUGUCGUCAACGCAUUCUCAAAGAUCAGAGAGAAAUUCGGCAUCCCGAGCGUCGUCCUCUACAAUGUCAGCGCGGUGACAUUUGGCCACAAAGAGGACCCGUUCGGCAUGUCGCUGGACGAUCUGAAGAAGACCAAUGCCAUCAACGUCACCAGUGCCUUUGUCGCCGCACAACAGGCAACUCAAGGGUUCAAAGAGCUCCCGGAGUCUGCUGCAAGGACUUUUAUCGUGACAGGCAACAUUCUCAACACCGUCAUACUCCCUGGGUUCAUGGACCAAGGCAUGGGAAAGUCCGCCAGCGCACACAUGAUCUGGGCUGCUUCGGACGCUUAUAAGGAAAAGGGAUUCAAAUACUACUACGCCGACGAGCGCAAAGAGGAUGGAUCAGCCAAGUACAGAGUCGAUGGCGACGCGCAUGCCGAGCUCUUCUGGCAGCUUGCUCAGGACAAGAAGCAAGGUCCAUGGAUGCAGACGUUCGUGAAGGGCAAAGGAUACGUGAAGUUCUGA